AUAACAGCUUCAACUCAUCUGGGAAGGCUUUCCACAAGGUUUAGGAGUGUGUUUAUGGGAAUUUUUGAUUCUUCCAGAAGCACAUUUGUGAGGUCAGACACUGAUGUUGGACGAGAAGGCCUGGCUCGCAGUCUUCGCUCUAAUUCAUCCCAAAGGUGCUCUAUCGGGUUGAGGUCAGGACUCUGUGCAGGCCAGUCAAGUUCUUCCACACCAAACUCGCUCAUCUGUGUCUUUAUGGACCUUGCUUUGUGCACUGGUGCGCAGUCAUGUUGGAACAGGAAGGGGCCAUCCCCAAACUGUUCCCACAAAGUUGGGAGCAUGGAAUUGUCCAAAAUGUCUUGGUAUGCUGAAGCAUUCAGAGUUCCUUUCACUGGAACUAAGGGGCCAAGCCCAGCUCCUGAAAAACAACCCCACACCAUAAUCCCCCCUCCACCAAACUUCACAGUUGGCACAAUGCAGUCAGACAAGUACCGUUCUCCUGGCAACUGCCAAACCCAGACUCGUCCAUCAGAUUGCCAGAUGGAGAAGCGUGAUUCGUCACUCCAGAGAACGCGUCUCCACUGCUCUAGAGUCCAGUGGCGGCGUGCUUUACACCACUGCAUCCGACGCUUUGCAUUGCACUUGGUGGUGUAUGGCUUGGAUGCAGCUGCUCGGCCAUGGAAACCCAUUCCAUGAAGCUCUCUACGCACUGUUCUUGAGCUAAUCUGAAGGCCACAUGAACUUUGGAGGUCUGUAGUGACUGACUCUGCAGAAAGUUGGCGACCUCUGCGCACUAAGCGCCUCAGCAUCCGCUGACCCCGCUCUGUCAUUUUAUGUGGCCUACCACUUCGUGGCUGAGUUGCUGUCAUUCCCAUUCGCUUCCACUUUGUUAUAAUACCACUGACAGUUGACUGUGGAAUAUUUAGUAGUGAGGAAAUUUCACGACUGGACUUGUUGCACAGGUGGCAUCCUAUCACAGUACCACUUUGGAAUUCACUGAGCUCCUGAGAGCGGCCCAUUCUUUCACAAAUGUUUGUAGAAGCAGUCUGCAUGCCUAUGUGCUUCAUUUUAUACACCUGUGGCCAUGGAAGUGAUUGGAACACCUGAAUUCAAUUAUUUGGAUGGGUGAGCGAAUACUUUUGGCAAUAUAGUGUAUAUACAUAUACAUACAUACACAUACAUAUACACACAUAAUAAUCAUACUCACUUAAAAACUAUACUACAGUACUCUCUCCACACCCCACCCGAGAGCCCCCCAAAAAUUCCAAAUACCUGCCCCAUUUCCGGACAAACAAAUCUAAAUCACCCCAUCUUCCCAAUGACACCUCCUCAUAAGCCGCUACCCUCCCCAUCUCCGUGCACCACUCCGGAUAUUGGGGCGCACCAGCUGACCUCCAACCCCUCAAAAUAACCUGCCUGGCGAUCAUCACACAGGUCAGAACCCAGUUCUCAAUAUGGCCAUCCCCCAUAUCGAUGACCGCCCCAUCACCCAGAACAGAAAGUCUGGGGCAAAACUAAACCCGAGUGCCCACCACAUCGCAGACAAAAUUCUGAACCUUCAACCAGAAUUUCUGUAUCUUGACACACCACCAAAAAACAUGGGCCAUAUCUCCAUCCUCCGAUUGGCAUCUCCAGCAGGUGGCUGUGUCUUUAAGACCAAGCCUAUACAGUCUAGAGGGGUUCCAAUAAAAUCUAUGCAAAAUUUUGAAUUGUAUAAGACGCACCCUUGCAUCUCUAGAUGCAGACGUAACGUUUUUAAAAAUCUUAGCCCACACUCCUUCCUCCAAUGCCAAGUUGAAAUCUUUCUCCCAUACUCUCUUGAGAGAAGUUAAAGCUCCAUACCCCAGACUCUGAAUUAACAGGGAGUAGUACACUGAGGCCUCAUGACCUUGUUCAAAAGCCGCAAUCACCUCUCCCAAAGCAUCUGUCUCCUUAGGGGGGUGUGUGCUACUCCCAAAAAUAGUACAAAGCAGGUGGUGGCGCAGUUGUAAAUACCUAUAAAACUGAGGUCUGGGGAUCCCAAAAUGUUGGACCAAGUUUUCAAACAAUCUCAACACUCCACUUUCAUAUAGGUCACCGAGUGUAGCAAUCCCCUCACAAUCCACUCUGGCCAGCAGAAAGGGGACUUGCCAAUAAACAAUCUUGGGUUCUGCCAUAUGCUCGAGGCAACAUUUAAAUAAGUGUCCAAUUUAAACAAUCUGGACACUUUAGUCCAUACCGAGUGUAAAUGCGAAAUAACGGGGUGUAACUUAACUUUUCCGAUUAGUUUGAUAGAGAUGCUUUGUAAUGGCGAAACAGGGGCAAGAACUGCCUGUUCAAUAACAAACCAGGGAGGGGCUCUCACAGGUGGAAGUGACCAAUGAGCCAAAUGUCUGAGACUGAACACAUAGUAAUAAAACAAAAUCUUGGGUAGGCCAAGUCCACCUUUGUCUAUCGGCGUAUGUAACUUAUUAAAAUGCAAUCUGGGAAGUUUACCAUUCCAAAUGAAGGACUUCGCUAUGCUAUCAAAUUGCUUGAAAUAAGAGAGGGGGACAUCUACAGGGAGAGAUUGUAGCAGGUAGUUAAAUUUUGGAAUACAAUUCAUUUUAAUAACAUUAACCUGCCCACAUCGCUUGAAAACCUUUUUAUUAAAGGGUUAAAAUUAACACUAACUAAUUCAGACAAAUUUGCUGGGAAUAAAAUCCCCAAAUACUUAAUGCCCUGUUUGGUUCACUGGAAGGCACCAGGCUGGAAAGCCAUUACUGGACAGUACGCUGUCAGAGCCAAAGCUUCAGAUUUAGACCAACUGACUUUGUAUCCUGAGAACUUGGAGAAGGAAUUUAAAAUUCUGUGGAGGCAAGGCAUAGAUCUAGUAUGUUCAGACAAAUAAUAAAAUAUCAUCUGCGUAAAGCAGAAGCUUAUGCGCCACACCUCCCGCUGUCACCCCUGGAAAAUCAUCCUCCUUUCUUAUCGCAGCUGCUAAUGGUUCCAGGGCAAGACAGAACAAUAAUGGGGAAAGAGGGCAACCCUGCCGAGUGCCCCUAUGGUAAAAUAAUCUGAAAUUAAUCCAUUUGUUUGUACUGCUGCUACAGGGUGUCUAUAAAGUAACAUAAUCCAACUAAUAAAUGUACUCCCGAACCCAUACAUUUCCAAAAUCUUAAAAAGACAAUCCCAUUCUACCAUAUCAAACGCCUUUUCGGCGUCAAGUGAGAUGACAGCGACCGGAGACUGAUCAUUCGCUACUGACCGCAUGAUAUUGAUGAGACGCCUGAUGUUAUCAGAAGAGCUGCGGCCCCGAAUAAACCACACCUGUCUAUAUGUAUAAGAGAUGUCAUAACCUUACUUAAUCAGUUAGCCAAAAUUUUUGACAACAUUUUACAUCUAGUUGGAUUAGGGAGAUUGGACGGUAACUUUUACACUCGCUUGGAUCUUUGUCCUUUUUAAGAAUCAGACUGGCUUGUGUCAUGGUUGGAGGAAGCUUUCCAUUCUUUAAUGAUUCAGUAUAAACUUAUAACAAAAGUGGAGCCAGUUCUGUAGCAUAGGAUCUAAAAAAUUCUGCGGCAAAACCAUCUGGCACCGGAGCCUUGCCAGUAGGUAGGGACUUAAUUACCUCGUCAAGCUCCUCCAAGGUUAUCUCAGAAUCAAGAGAGUUUUUUUGCUCAGUCGUCAGUUUAGGAAGAUCUAAUAGUUCCUCAAAGUUUCUAAUAUCUUCAUCAGUAGACGAAGACGUGGAACUAUAAAGAUCAAGAUAGAACUCUUUAAAGGCAUUAUUAAUAUCAAUGGCUGAGGUAAAAAUUUAACCACCAGCAGAUUUCACUGAGGGAAUGAUAUCUAGUCAAAAGCUUCCUUGCUUUGUACCCCGACUCAAAGUAUGACUGUCUUGCCCUGAAUAACCAAAACUCCACUUUCUGCGACAAAAUAGUAUUAUUACUAUAUUUCAAUCGGGUCAAUUCUCUGAGGCCAUCAGAUGACAUACGGCACUUCAGCUCUGCCUCUACACUUUGAGAGAGGAAUAUAUUUAUUCUUUGUGUUAUUUUUAAAAUGCUGAAGUCCCUCAUGCCUGUAUGUGAAUGUUACUCUGGCAGUAAUCAUUUAUCAGUGUCAUGCAGCCUGUAUUAUUCAGUUGUGUGCUGAAUGGGGUGCCAAACAUUGACAAGACCCACAUCAUGACCCAUGAGCAUGUAAACAGGUUGAUAAUGUUCUGAGAAUAAAACAAAUGUGUCCACUUUGCGGCCAACAUUAAAAUAAGCUUUACUAACACAUGAUAGAAAGUAUAGCAGCAAAACUUCAAGCAAUUGCAGAAUGGUCCCAUCAGUCUGUGUACACUUCAGAAAGUUGUGCAUCAUUCAGUGAGUGCAUGACUGGGCUUAAAAGAUAAAACUAUGUAGAACUUUUUAUCUUCUCUGUUCCAUGUUCUACUUAAUGGUUGAUGUGGCCCCAGUACCAAAAUAAUUGCACACCCCUGCUCAAUUGAAUAUGUAAGACUAAUACUGUAAAUUGGCAUGCAGAAUUUCUUGAAUACCAGCAAACACACAAAAAUCCUUGCAUUUUGUGAAUGCACAAAAUGCUGCAUAAAAACUUAUAAACGUGUAUGAUUUUGCAAAUCAGUAUGUCCUAAUCUGCAUGCGCAAAAUUUUGCUGUCAUCUUCAGCGACAGAUCAUGGGGAAGAAAAACACCCUGAAGCAAUAAAUGUUUUGCACAUGAAAAAAACUAACUUUUCUUUACAUUGUUUAAGUAGCAUUUAAACAUGAUUAUAAUACAUCUCCACUUUAUACAGAGCACCCCCACUAUUUUCAGAAGCACCCUCAAUGAUUUUGAUCUGGAACCAGGCCUGAGUGUAGCCUGUUUAUUUAACUGGCUUGGAUUUCGCUAUUUCACAGUUUUCACUAUUUCACUACUUCUGUGUUUACUAUUACACAACGUUCACGCACGCGGAAGAAUAACAAACAAAACAUGUUUCACGAGCUACUUUCGUUUUGUGGGAAAUCGCUUAGGAGUAGUGUGCUUGAGAGUUAGUGCAGUGACACACUGCUGGUUUCCUUCAUCAUUUGUGAGGAUGUUGUGUUAUUGGGGAGCGCAGGUCAGAGAGGGUUUGGGUUUGCCUGAUAAUGUCAAACAUGCGGAUUGUGGUGGUACACGCUUCAUGUUUCCAAAAUCAGAAAUACAGGACCCGUCAGCGGGAAGAAGCUUUGUUGGAUUCAUCCGAGAUGGGAAGGUCUCGGUCAUGAGGUUGCGCACUUAAGACAACGAUCAUGAUGGCAGACUAAAACAACUACAGCUAAAGAAAGACAAAAUCAAAUCAAUCGUCUGUGGGGGAUCUGGUGCGGUACUUCUUGCUUAUGGAGGAAAAGUUCUCAUUAUGGGCAAAUCUACUAUGUGCAAUCCUGUCAAAGGCCUGGACAACAGGAAGCAGGUGAUUCAGAUCGCAUGUGGAGACCAGCAUUCAAUGGCACUAACCCACGAUGGUCAGUUGUUUGUAUGGGGUGAGAACUCUCAUGGUCAGCUGGGUUUGAAGGAAGGACAAUCUGGCACUCUAACUGCUCAACAUGUUCAGAGUCUGACUGGAAUUCCUCUGGCUCAGAUCAGUGCUGGAGGAGACCAAAGUUUUGCCUUGUCUCUCUCUGGAGCUGUGUUUGGAUGGGGGAAGAACAACACUGGACAGCUGGGCCUAGGAGACACCAAAGAUAGACACAUACCAACAGUUCUAAACUGCCUGAAUCAGAAGAAAACUGUCAUGAUCUCUUGUGGAGGGGAACACACUGCCACUUUAUCAAAGGGCGGCACUGUGUUCACAUUUGGAUCGGGGCGUUUUGGCCAACUUGGACACAACUCAUUUAGAGAUGAACAUCAUCCGCGGGUGGUUGCUGAACUGUGGGGAUCUAAAGUGUCCCAGGUCACAUGUGGAAGAAAUCACACUCUUGUAUUAGUGGAAUCGUCAAAGCUGAUCUACUCAUUUGGAUGUGGGAUACAAGGGCAGUUGGGAAAUGGACAAAUGUGCAAUCAGUCUGUGCCAUUGCCUGUGGAGCUACCAACUGAACCUAAUAAUGCAUAUGCAAUUAAAAAACUCACGACUGGAGAGAGCCAUUCCUUUGCCUUGUUUAACAAAGAAUUUGGGAAUGCUUCAGCAAAGCAUAAACCCAAUCCAGGUAGAUGGGUUUUGACAUUAGACAAAAGAAUGAUUGACAGAUGGAUGUCUGAAUGUGAAUCAGCGGCAUGGAAAACAAUAAAGAAUGAAAUCAACAAAGUGUUCUCAUCUGCUGCCUCUCUGAAUGGAAGUUUUCUCAAAACUAGUUGUGAUAAACAUUACCAGACAUCUGUGGAGCUCUGUGGUUUGGAUUUUGACCUGAUCAAACAGUCUUUUGUAAAGUUAUCAGAGAAUGAAAGGGUAAUAUCAAAGGUAUUGAAGGUGGUUCAGUGUACACUGCUGCCUUCUCUGAACACAAAUCCAGCUGGUGUUGAAGCUUUGAGAAUUUACCUUCUCCUCCCUGAACUCAUCAGAGUUCUCCAGAAACCACAAAGAACUAAACUGACUGAAGAACUGGCCUCCAAAAUCCUUCAACUCAGUCCUGCUGCUCUGAAGGUGUUAGAGAAUUACUGGUUCAAACUCCCUGAUGACUAUCUCAAAGGCUUGGUGAAGUUAUUUCGCAAAGAAUCUGCUAACUUGAUUGGCAGGAUUGCUGUUGGUCAAAUGAACCAGGACAUUCCAAGACACCUGCAGAAUUUUUUGCAGGUCCUUCUGAUGCUUUAUAAGAUCUUUUGCAGUACCCACAAAGACAUCACAAACAAGGAUUUCAUCAUUCAUGAGAUCAAUGAUCUUCUUGACAUGCUGCAGGUGACCAAUGAAGACCUGACUGACAUGAGUUGGAGGCUUGAUCAGAGUGGAGGGAUCAUUGUGUUGCAGAAGUUGAAAGAUUACUAUGUUGGAAAUAUGAAAAUGUUGGUUAAUUUCCCUUUUGUGGCUGACACCGCAUCUAAACAGAGAAUGUUCUUACACUUGCAGGAUCUACACAUUCAAAACAUAGACCGGAUCAUGUUCUCUGUCCAUGGCAACAUGUUGCACAUAAACAGGCAAUCAUUGAUGGAGGACACACUUCAGUAUUUAAGACAAGGCAUCCACUCUUUUUCCCUUCCACUGAAGGUGGAAUUUGCUGGUGAGAAUGGCAUCGAUGAAAGGGGCUUAUCUGCUGAGUUUUUCUCCCUACUUUCACAGUCUAUUCUUACAUGGGAGAAACAGCUACUGGAAGUCUGUGAGAAUAAAGUGGUUUGGUUCAGUCCUGAUUGCAUACAUAAAGAAAAUUGUGAUGUCACAGAUUUUUAUUACAUCGGCAUUAUGUGUGGAAUGGCACUGUACAACCAUCAUUACAUGAACAUUAACUUCCCAUUGGCGUUGUUCAAGAAACUCCUCCAAUUGAGUCCCACACUCAGUGAUCUAGAGGAACUGUCCCCUGUGGAGGCCAGAAGUUUGAAAAACCUUCUGGAGGAGGAUGAGGAAGUGGUGGAUGAGCUCUUUUUGGAUUUCACGGUCAAAGGUCAAGAACUCAUUCCAAAUGGAAGUCAGAUUCCAGUGACCAAAAUUAAUAGACAGAAGUAUGUGGAUUUGCAUGUUGACUUCGUUUUCAACAAGGCGGUGACGAAUCAGUUUGAGCAGUUUUCAAGAGGUUUUUCGAAAGGUUUUCCUCUCAGUGCCUUGAAAAUGUUCCACCCUGAAGAACUCAAGGAGCUUUUUCAUGGUUCACCUGAAUAUAAGUGGAAAGACCUUCACCAGUGUGCUACCUACGAACACUGUUCUCCCUCUGAUGAGCAUAUCAAGAAUUUCUGGACUGUUUUCUUCGAGUUGUCUGAAGAGAACAAGAAGAAAUUUCUACUUUUCAUGUAUGGAACGGACCGUGUUCCUGCCGGAGGUCUCUCAAAGCGGUCACUGAAGAUUGUGCAGUUGAACCUUCCAGAGCCAGAUGACCGUUUCCCAGAAGCCCAGACCUGUUUUGACAUAUUGCAUCUCCCCAAAUACAGCAAUGCUGACAUACUUCGCAACAAGCUAAUGCAUGCUAUCAACUUCUGUGAGGUUUUCGGACGGAGCUUGUGCUUCAGUCCACUCAUUCUGAGAACUGUGAGGAUGUUGUGUUAUUGGGGAGCGCAGGUCAGAGAGGGUUUCGGUUUGUUACAGCCUGAUAAUGUCAAACAUGCGGAUUAUGGUGGUAUACGCUUCAUGUUUCCAAAAUCAGAAAUACAGGACCUGUCAGCGGGAAGAAGCUUUGUUGGAUUCAUCCGGGAUGGGAAGGUCUCGGUUAUGAGGUUUCGCGCUGAAGACAACGAUCAUGAUGGCAGACUAAAACAACUACAGCUAAAGAAAGACAAAAUCAGAUCAAUUGUCUGUGGGGGAACUGGUGCGGUCCUUCUUGCUCAUGGAGGAAAAGUCUAUAUUAUGGAUAACUCUAUGCGCACAUAUGUUUUAUCUGACAGCAGUCCUCUUAAAGGCCUGGAAAACAGACAGGUGAUUCAGAUCGCAUGUGGAGACCAGCAUUCAAUGGCACUAACCCAGGAUGGUCAGUUGUUUGUAUGGGGUGAGAACUCUCAUGGUCAGCUGGGUUUGAAGGAAGGACAAUCUGGCACUCUAACUGCUCAACAUGUUCAGAGUCUGACUGGAAUUCCUCUGGCUCAGAUCAGUGCUGGAGGAGACCACAGUUUCGCCUUGUCUCUCUCUGGAGCUGUGUUUGGAUGGGGGAAGAACAACACUGGACAGCUGGGCCUAGGAGACACCAAAGAUCGACAUGUCCCAACAGUUGUAAACAGCCUGAACCAGAAAAAAACUGUGUUCAUCUCUUGUGGAGCGGAGCACACUGCCACUUUAUCAAAGGAAGGCACUGUGUUCACAUUUGGAUCGGGAUGUUUUGGGCAGCUUGGGCACAACUCAUUUAGAGAUGAACAUCAUCCACGGAUGGUUGCUGAACUGUGGGGAUCUAAAGUGUCCCAGGUCACAUGUGGAAGAAAUCACACUCUUGUAUUAGUGGAAUCGUCAAAGCUGAUCUACUCAUUUGGAUGUGGGAUGCAAGGGCAGUUGGGAAAUGGACAAAUGUGCAAUCAGUCUGUGCCAUUACCUGUGGAGCUACCAACUGAAUCUAAUCAUGCAUAUGCAAUUGGGAAACUCAUUGCUGGCGAGAACCAUUCCUUUGCAUUGUGCUUUAAGAAACUUGGGAAUGAAUCAGCAAAGCCAAAACCCAAUCUGGGCAGAGGGGUUUUGACAUUAAACGACAGAAUGAUUGACCGAUGGCUGUCUGAAUGUGAUUCAAAGUCAUGGAGAACAAUCAAGAAAGAAAUUAACAAAGUGUUUUCCUCUGCUGCGUCUCUGAAUGGAAGUUUUCUCAAAACAAGUUGUGACGAACAUUACCAGACUUCUGUGGAGUUCUGUGGUUUGGAUUUCGACCAGGUCAAAAGAUCUUUUGCAAAGAUAUCGGAGAAGGAAAGGGUUAUAUCCGAGGUAGUCAAGGUGGUUCAGCGUACAGUGCUGCCUUCUCUGAGCACAAACUGCAAUCUGAAUCCGAUUUGUGUGGAAGCUUUGAGACUUUACCUUCUCCUCCCUGAGCUCAUCAGAGUGGCUCCACAAAGAACUGAACUCACUGAAGCACUGGCCUCUGAAAUUCUACACCUGAAAUCUGCUGCUCUUAAGUUGUUAGAGAACUACUGGUCCAGAUUGCCUGAUGAUUGUCUCAAAGGCUUGGUGAAGUUAUUUCGUAAGGCAUCUGCCAAGUUAAUUGGCAGGAUUGCUGUUGACAACAUGAACUGUGACAUACCGACACGCCUGAAGAAAUGUGUGGAGGUCCUUCAGAUGCUCUAUAAGGUCUGUUGUAGUGCCCGCAAAAACAUUACAAAGAGUGAUUUCAUCAUCCAUGAGAUCAAUGAUCUUCUUGAUACGCUGCAAGCCACCAAUGAUGAUGUGCAUAACAAUUGGUGGUGGCAUAACUGGAAUGGAAAAGUCAAUGAAAUUGUGGCAUUGCAACAGUACUAUAAUACAGCUAUAAACAAUCUUAUAUCGCUUCCAUGCAUCUUUAACCUAGAGGCCAAAUUCAGCUUUUUGAAAAACAGACAACGACAGCGGUUUUACAAUCUGACUUUGAGACGCACAGCACUGCUGGAAGAUUGUUUCUCUGAGUUGAGAAAUGCCACCGAGCAACAGCUCAAAGGAGGAUGCCUGAGGGUGUAUUACACAGAGGACAUGAAUAAGUCAGAUGUCAACAAGAGGGACUUUUUUCUCAACGUGUUUAAAGAGCUGUGUGAACCGGCCUCUCAGAUGUUCAUGUAUAAUGACAAUAAAACCAUGAUCUGGUUCCCAGCAAGGCCAACUGUAGAGAAGGAGAGGUAUUUCCUCUUUGGAAUCCUUUGUGGAUUGGCCUUUAACAACAACUGUGUAGUGCAACUGCCUUUUCCUUUAGCUUUGUUCAAGAAACUUCUCAACGUCAAGCCAUCUCUCAAAGACUUGGGAGAGUUUGAGCCGGUUCUUGCCAAGAGUUUUCAGUACAUUCUGGACUACAGCGAUGAUGUUGAAGAAAUGGACAAUGACUUCAAGAUCAAAUGGAAUGGAACAGAAGUGGAAUUGGAUCCUACUGAGCCAGGAAAAACUGUCACAAAUUACAACAGGACAGACUUUGUGGACAAGUAUGUGGAUUAUGUCCUGAAUAAGUCUGUUGAGGGAGUGUUUGAAGAAUUCAGGAGAGGUUUCUUCAAAGGGUGCGAGAGUCACUUGGUGGAGAUGUUUGAACCAGAGCAGCUGAGAGGAUUGCUGGUGGGCAACGAGGAAUAUGACUGGGACACUCUCAAACAGAACACCAGAUAUGAAGGACUGUUUGAUGCUGAACAUCCAACCAUCAUCUCAUUCUGGGAGGUGUUUGAUGAACUGAAGUCAGUUCAAAAGAAGGCCUUUCUAUUGUUCUUAACGGGGUUUGAGCGAGUGCCCAUUCUUGGUAUGAGUCAGGUGAAGAUGAGAGUGAGAAACUUGUACAACUCUACACAGGACCAUCUACCAGAGGCUCUGACCUGCCACGCCCUGCUGGAGCUUCCUGUUUAUCAGAGCAGGACAACACUAAAGGAGAAACUAAUUGAAGCCCUCAACCACAAAAGAGGGUUCUGGGAGGAAUGAGAUCGAUGCUUGAUGAGUUUUUUUUAUAGAUUUUUUAUCUUACCUUUGGACAUCUAACCUGUGCUAAUGCACAUAGCUCUCAGGAAAUUAUCUUGAGAUAAUGUGGUUUUGCCCUCCCUGCAAAACCACGUCCUCCGAAGACAUGUCAGAAAAACAACCAUGUCACAAGCAAAACGAUUUUUUACACAGUCUAGGACUGUCACAGAGACAAAUGUGAACACCCAUUUGAGGGAUAUUCAAAAUUUAAAAUUUAAACAAACAUGUGUUAUAAAAAAACAUGUUUUAGCUUAACAUUGUUUAAAGGGAUAGUUCACCCAAAAAUGAAAAUUCUCUCAUCAUUUAUUCACCCUCAUGCCAUCCCAGAAGUGUAUAACUUUCUUU